AUGGCGUCUUACGCCAUAGUUUUGCUUGGCCUCUUGGCCAUGAGCAACGCCGCGCCUCAAUUCGCAAUAGGAGGUGGCUCUACAAUUCUCGUCCCUGGUGGAGGAGCUACCUCACCUAACCCAGUUGGCCCCAUCCUGCUUCCUCCUACUGACAGCCCGGAAGUCAAGCCUGGUAAGCGUGAUCUUGGCGGGCCUUUUCUCGAGCGCAAAUUGUCUUCGUCAGACACUCCUAUGAGACUAUCGCAAGCUUUGGCUGAGCGUGCGGAAGAUCUCAAUACCCUCAAAGAAACAUACUUCACUCUCUUGGAGCCCAUUGUUCAUGGGACCAAACCCUCUUUCGGAACUUAUGUGGUCCUCCUACACAUGGCCGACAUCCUCGCGAGCAAGGGAGUGGAAGUAGACACCAUCACCCUGGGCGAAGCAACGACCAUAUUCAGCCCAACCACGAAUACGAAGCGUCAAAUUUUCGAGAUUGGCUCUUGCAAGCCAUCUGAUCUAAUUAGUCUCCGCGCAACUCUCACGAGUCUCCUUCUCAUCUACAGCAACACCCCGCCCUUUGAGAUUUGGAACCUGGACGAAGCAAUCAUCGCGGCGCUCAAAGCCUGCAACGAGGAUAUCAUUGUCGGCCCCAUAAUCCCAGACAAACCCAUCCCCGGUGGACCCCUCGUUCCGGACAAGCCGGUCCCAGGCAGGCCCGUGGUGACCCAGUCCCCGGUGCCUGGGGGUCCGAUCAAGCCAAGUGAUUAG